GCUCUGUCAACGCACUCGACGCCAUCGACAUUCUCCCUAGCUAGCUCUCUCCGGGUGCCCUAUUUUUAGCAUUAGCUAACGCUCCUCCCGUCCAAUAAACUUUUCCCUAGCUUACUGUUGUGUCUUCUAUCCAUUAUUUUUGGUUGGCCGUCUAGUCGCGUACCGAGUUUAUAGCGCACGAUCUACGCGCUAUAAUUGGUGACCCCGAAAAAAAACUAUUUUUGAUCCGGUUAUUUAUUCUGUCGACCUUUCUACUUUUUCUCUUUACUAUUUGUGUUCACAUUCACACGCUCCGGAAUUAUUUCACCAUGAAGGUCAGCCGCCCAGAUUCUUACGAUCAGGUUUGUGGGUUCCGUUUCCCUCUCCCGCCCUUCCGAGAGACUAACCCUAAGGCCUGGUUUAACCAGCUAGAGUCUAUUUUUUCGUUACAUGGCGUUAACUCUGACAGCGUCAAAUUUCACUGCGUUGUCGCCGCGCUUCCCCCGCAAGUCGUCGAUGACCUCGACGACAUCUUGGAACUUCCGGAACAUCAGAAAAGUUACGAGGAGCUUAAGGCCGUCGUCUUAAAGCGAUUUGGCAUAUCAGACCAUGCUCGCGUCACGCAGCUUCUUAAUGAAACAGAGCUAGGGGAUCGAAAGCCUUCGCAGUUGCUGCACAAGAUGCAAGCUCUAGCUAAGCCUCUCGCUGUUGGCGACUCUUUCCUUAAAGAGAUGUGGCUUCGUUGCCUGCCACGUGACAUGCGCAAUCCCUUGUAUGCAAACGAUGCGCCUCUUCCUCAGCUAGCCGAUAUAGCCGACCGUAUUUGGGAAUCCAACGCCCAAAUAUCUCAGGUUCAGUCUACCUCCAGUACAGAGGUAGCAGAACUAAGAGCGCAAGUAUCCGCAUUAACCAACCGACUAGAGAAGCUAACACAAUCCGGAUCCAACCGCCGAAAUCGUCCCAGUAGUCGCAGUCCUCCUAGAUCACGUUCGAAAUCUCCCCCUAGGUCAAGCUAUUGCUGGUACCACGAGCGAUUUGGUCAUCAGGCCAGAUCGUGUCGCCCACCUUGUUCUUUCAAGCGCAACAUGCAGGGAAACGGGUAGGCCAGCACGUAGGGGCGACGGACGUUGCUGGCUGCCCCAGUCGCCUUUUCUUUGUCACCGAUCGCAGUACGGGAGUACGCUAUCUCGUUGACACCGGCGCAGAAGUCAGCGUUAUCCCACGUGAUUCUAAUGACGUUAUCGAAGAGGCGACCGGUUCUUUGCGCGCUGCAAACGGCACCACCAUUCGCGUGUAUGGUCAACGCUCGCGCACGCUUAAUCUAAACCUACGACGUUCAUUUAAAUGGAUCUUCCUCGUCGCAGAUGUCCAGACGCCAAUUCUUGGCCUUGACUUUCUGCAGCACUUCGAUUUACUUGUUGACGCAAAGCAACGCCGUCUGAUCGACCGUCAAACAAACCUGGCAGUUAUAGGUACUUUGACCGACAUAGAGUCAAUCAGUCCUGUAUACGCCAACCUGUCAAGCUCGCCUAUCGGUCAGAUGCUUAAUACGAAGUUCCCGCAAGUCUUUCGUGCAAUGACACCGUUUUCAUCCGCCACUGAGGCCGCGAAACAUUAUAUCGUCACGAAAGGUCCGCCUGUUUUUGCCAAAGCCAGACGAAUGACCCCUGACAAGUUGAAAAUUGCUCGCGCAGAAUUCGAGCACAUGCUUGAACUAGGCAUCGUUCGCCCGUCUAACAGUCCCUGGGCGUCGCCGCUCCACAUGGUGCCCAAGAAGUCAGGAGACUGGCGUCCAUGUGGUGAUUACCGCGCGCUCAAUAACGUUACUGUUCCCGACCGAUAUCCGAUUCCUCACAUUCAGGACAUCACGGCAAGCCUGCGCGGCACCCGUGUGUUCUCAAAAAUCGAUCUGGUUCGCGCAUAUCACCAGAUUCCAGUCGCUGAGGAAGACAUACCGAAGACUGCCGUAAUCACGCCUUUUGGGCUGUUCGAAUUUUUGCGUAUGCCGUUCGGUCUUCGCAACGCAGCCCAGACUUUUCAACGACUCAUCGAUUCAGUCACUAGAGGUCUAAAUUUCGUCUAUGCAUACAUCGACGAUAUUCUAGUUGCCAGCGCCUCUGAAGAACAGCACGCAGAACAUCUCAAAAUACUUUUCGAUAGGCUGGCCGCUAAUAGCAUCACUGUCAACCCUGACAAAUGCAUAUUUCAGCAGCCUUCCGUCGAAUUCCUUGGCCACCAUAUUGAUCAGUAUGGUAUACGGCCUCUAGACGAUAGAGUCCGCGCCAUCAGAGAUUUUCCGGUUCCGACUACGUUAGCCGCUAUUCGUCGUUUUAACGGCAUGCUCAACUAUUAUCGACGUUUUCUUCCACACUGUGCCAAUUUGCUAAGUCCACUAACCGACCUACUUCGUGGACGUAAAAACGGCCAGGUAGAAUUGACUGCUGCUGCUGCCGAAGCAUUCAAGGCCAGCAAAGAAGCCUUAGCUAAAGCCGUUAUGCUUCAUCACUUCGAUCCGAACGCUCCGCUUAGUGUCGCUGUCGACGCAUCGGACACCGCCAUUGGCGCCGUCCUACAGCAACAUACAAAUGGAGGCUGGAAACCUCUUGCUUUCUACUCUAGACGUCUACAACCUGCCGAAGUUAAGUACAGCACGUUCAGUCGCGAACUGCUGGCCGUUUACUCUACAGUUCGACAUUUCCGACACGUCCUCGAAGGUAACACCUUCAUUAUCUUCACCGAUCACAAGCCGCUUAUCUACGCAUUCCGAAAUCAAUCAGCUCGACACUCACCACGUGAGAUUCGUCAGCUGGAUUUCAUUGCUCAAUUCUCGACUGAUAUCCGACACAUUUCUGGCCAACAAAACGUCGUCGCUGAUGCUCUUUCAAGAGUAUCUGCGAUUGGUCCUGCCGGGCAGGCAAUCGAUUUGUCUGCUAUGGCCGCCGCGCAAUCAAACGACCAAACUUUUUCGAAACUCCGCGAUUCUUCUUUGAAGAUAUCCCCGCACCCUCUGCCGUCAUCUGAUGGUACCAUUUUAUGCGACACAUCUACCGGACGACCUCGACCCGUCGUUCCAGAAACUUUUCGCCGUAUCGUUUUCGACACCCUCCACAAUAUCGCCCACCCAGGCAUUAAAGCUACUGCUAAGCUUGUCUCUGACAGAUACGUUUGGCCGGGGAUGCAACGCGAUCUUACACGUUGGGCACGCAGCUGUCUCACCUGCCAGCAAGCCAAGAUUCAGCGGCACGUGUCCGCUCCGCUUGGUCGCUUUCCGCCCGUUUCAGCGCGAUUUGCCCAUGUCCAUCUCGACAUAGUGGGACCACUGGCCCCGUCCAAAGGAAUGGUCUAUAUUUUGACCAUGAUCGAUCGUUGCACCCGUUGGCCCGAAGCCGUUCCCAUCCCUGACGUUGCUGCGGAAACCGUAACACGCGCUUUUGUCGAGCGCUGGGUCGCUUCACACGGCUGUCCAGCCACAGUGACUACAGACCGCGGUCCGCAAUUCGAAUCGACGACCUUUAACGAUCUCCUUAAACUCAUUGGAUGCCAACGCAUUCGCACGACCGCCUAUCAUCCGCAAGCGAACGGCAUGGUGGAACGUUUCCACCGACAGUUGAAAUCCUCACUUAGCGCCGCCAAUGCGCUGAGUUGGACUGAGGUGCUGCCUAUGGUCCUCCUUGGGAUCCGAUCAGCCCUAAAGGCCGAUCUACGUACGUCUAGCGCUGAGUUAGUAUAUGGACAACCACUGCGUUUACCUGGCGAUUUCUUCUCCGAUAGUCCCAGAAUUCCCCGUUACGACGCGAAUUAUGCACGUCAGCUAGCCACGAGCAUGCGUCACUACAAGCUUCCCGACGUUAGAGAACAACGACGUAAGUCUUUUGUUCCGCAAGACCUACAGCGUUGUCCGUUCGUUUUUCUUCGCCUUGAUGGUCUCCGCAGACCACUGGAGCGACCUUACGAAGGUCCUUUCAAGGUCCUGCAGCGUAAGGACCGCGUUUUUAUCAUCGACCGUCACGGUAAACGUGAAGCCGUUACAAUUGACCGUCUCAAGGUUGCCCACGUGGAACCUGAGCUCAACGAAGACCCUUGCUCGUCUUCUGACGAAUCAACGCAGCCUAUGAUGGAAGACUCGACUGCUUCCAACAUCCCUGACCCCAAGUAUCACGCUCCAUCCAAGCCUUCUACUUCAGCUCCGCCGCUUCCCAUCGAACCAACUGCCACGUCUUCAGCAGUUCCUCCAAUUUUGCGAUCCGAUAGGACGUCUAAGACCACGCCUUCCUCUGAUUCGCACAAGUCGACUAGGUCGGGUAGACGCGUUCAUUGGCCAGCUCGAUUAAGAGAUUAGCGUUCCUUUCACUUUUCUUAUUGCUUUUCUUUUCCCUUUUGGCCAACAACAUACGAACCCCUCCAAAACUUUUGAAAACGACAAAAAAGCCGACAAAAGUUUUUUUGAAAACCCAAAAAGAACGCAAAAUGUUUUGAAAACCCAAAAAAAGAACAAAACGUUUUGAAAACACAAAAAGAGCUGCGUUUUGGCUGACGCCUACCUCAUCCGGUAAGUGUCACUUUUGCUUUUGCCCUCGCCCCCACCGUCACUGCUCUUGUUUCCGUUUAUCUUCCAUGUAUGAACCGGAGGAGAUGCCGAGGCUGAUGCGAACACUUGACCUUCACGAACUCGCGAACAUUUAACGCUUACGAACUUCCCCCAUUUUGUGUUUUUGGCACCGUUAGGGAGGACACGGGUGGGAGCCCGCUAGGGUCCGAUCGCCUGGUUCUCCCCCAGCAGCUGCAUCAGGUUUCACUACCUGGUCUCGCAGAAGGCUGGCCCGCGACGGACAGUCCUCACGUAGAUCGAAGGGUCACCCACGGUUUCCCUUCUAGGAGGGGGGCUGUGUAGCGACCUGGAGAUUCCCCCGUAUGACUGUGUAAACUAUUCUAAAAUACAUUCAAAUUAUAGCUUUCUUAUGUAUUAGGGAACUAGGCGGUUUGCCUGUUGGAACGUUGUUCCCGUUUGUUGAAAACACGAACGCCAUCUCCGCCUUUGGCGCGCGACUCGAUUGCGAACGACGCUCUGUCAACGCACUCGACGCCAUCGACAUUCUCCCUAGCUAGCUCUCUCCGGGUGCCCUAUUUUUAGCAUUAGCUAACGCUCCUCCCGUCCAAUAAACUUUUCCCUAGCUU